ACAUACACAGAGUGGUGUCAAUAGAUAAACAGAUGUGUGGUGUUGUCAAAUGUUCUGUCAAAAUUAACCAAAAAACAACAUAAAGAUUAUCACUGUUGAAUGUAAACAUUGUUAAAUCAUUCCAAUAAAAUGAUCAAAUAAUUCGAGUUGAUAAAUUCAAUAUUUCAAUAGUUCAGUACAACACCCGUCAAUAAAAAUGUAUACGAGUUUACAUCCCGAAAAUUUAGUGUCGAAGUACAUUCGAAUCUUUCUUGUUGUAGCGGCAUACUGGAUAACGUCUAUCGUUACAGUAUUUGUAAACAAAGCACUGCUAAGCAGUGAUGCAGUUAAUUUGGAUGCUCCGUUAUUUGUCACCUGGUUUCAAUGUGUAGUAUCGGCUGCGAUCUGUUUUGCGAUGAGCAAAAUGAGUCAACUGUGCCCGAGUUUAGUAUCAUUCCCAAAGGGCAAUCCAAUGGAAAUGGAGACAUUCAAAAAUGUUCUUCCACUAUCCGUUCUAUUCACCACAAUGAUUGCCACCAAUAAUUUGUGUUUAAAAUACGUUGGGGUUGCAUUUUAUUACGUCGGUCGGUCGCUGACUACAGUCUUCAAUUUGAUAUUUUCAUACAUUUUGUUGGGUGAAAAGGCUAGUGUACAUAGUCUUCUCUGUUGUGGAUUGAUUGUAGGCGGAUUUUGGCUAGGAGUGGAUCAAGAGAGCGUCACAGAUUCAUUUUCACUAGUUGGAACGGUUUUUGGUGUCAUUGGCUCGUUGAGCCUAUCGCUGUUUUCUAUUUACACUAAGAAAACACUGCCGCACGUCAACCAAGAAGUGUGGCUUCUCAGUUACUACAACAAUGUGUAUUCAUGCUUGUUAUUCAUUCCAAUGAUGCUUUAUACGGGUGAACUAAAGACUGUAGCACAUUACAUUCACUUGUUCGAGCCGUGGUUUUGGUCAGCAUUGACAAUCGGUGGCGUUUGCGGAUUCGCUAUCGGUUUUAUGACAUCACUGCAAAUUAAGGUUACAUCGCCACUGACGCACAAUAUAUCUGGAACGGCCAAAGCCUGCGCUCAAACGGUCAUUGCCACAAAAUGGUAUGCUGAAACGAAAUCAUUCCUCUGGUGGCUAUCGAACAUAAUAGUUUUAGCGGGCAGUGCACUUUAUGCGCGAAUUAAGCAAAUGGAAAUGGAGAAAAAACACAACGAGCAAGUGCUCAGCCAAAAAAUUUAAAGUAUUUUGUGAUGUGAUUUUAGGGAUUUUUUUCCAUUUUUACGUUUCAAUUAUAGUAUGCAGGGGCUGGGGCAUUUCAUAUAUUUCGUUCCUAGCGUUCCUGUGGCAUUUCAGUAA